AGACUUUUUUUUUUUUUUCCACGCGGAAUUUCCCGUCUCGUGGAGACCAGGCUGGUUGAAGGGAUAAAAGGCAGAGCAUUACAGGGUCCAGACACUUGGAGCUGAACUUGACUUUCAAGGCUGAGUUCAUCCACUGAGCCACGGAAAGCAGCACAGAGGAAUUUUGUCACCUGGGCACUGCAGCUACAAACUCCACCAGCUUAAAAGACAGAGAAAACUCUCAGAAAUAUGAUUUGCUUGCAGUUCCUAUCUCUUCUUACCUAUGGACUCACAGUGCUGCAGGGAGUGAAGGGUUGGACAUACCAUUAUUCAGACACAAACAUGACCUACAGGGAAGCAGAGCUGUGGUGCAGAGAGAAGUAUACUAACCUGGUUGCCAUCCAGAACAAGGAGGAAAUCAAUCAUCUCAAUGCCUUCUUACCCUUCAAUCCGGGUUACUACUGGAUUGGGAUCAGAAAGAUUAAUGAUGUGUGGACCUGGACUGGAACUAACAAACAACUGACAGAAGAAGCAAGAAACUGGGCUUCAGGGGAGCCAAAUGGCAAAGGGAACAACGAGGACUGUGUUGAGAUCUACAUCAAAAGAGGGAAGGAUGAUGGCAAAUGGAAUGAUGAGCAGUGUGAGAAAAAGAAGGUUGCCUUGUGCUACACAGCUUCUUGCAACCCAUCUCUCUGCAGUGGCCAUGGAGAAUGCAUAGAGACUAUCAACAACCACACCUGCCAUUGCAGCCCUGGGUUCUAUGGGCCUGAAUGCGAGUUUGUUAAGAGCUGUGAUCCACUAAAGAAACCUGAUCAUGGGAGCCUUGAGUGCCACCAUCCACUGGGAGACUUCAGCUACAACUCAUCCUGCACAGUUCAGUGUGAGGAGGGCUAUGAGCUGACUGCACUGGAAUCUGUUCACUGUACCUCUUCUGGGGUCUGGUCUGCCCCCCUUGCAGCAUGCAAAGCUGUGACCUGUCCUGCCUUGGAAGUGCCUGUCCACGGGGCUGUGAACUGCUCCCAUCCCUCUGUGCAGCUCACCUGGGGAGCCACCUGUGAGUUCAGCUGUGAGGAAGGAUUCACCCUGACAGGACCAGCUACACUGCAGUGUGGCUCUUCUGGGGCCUGGGACAGGCAGCAGCCCAGCUGUGCAGCUGUGACCUGUCCUGCCUUGGAAGUGCCUGUCCACGGGGCUGUGAACUGCUCCCAUCCCUCUGUGCAGCUCACCUGGGGAGCCACCUGUGAGUUCAGCUGUGAGGAAGGAUUCACCCUGACAGGACCAGCUACACUGCAGUGUGGCUCUUCUGGGGCCUGGGACAGGCAGCAGCCCAGCUGUGCAGCUGUGAGGUGUGAGGCUGUCCUGGGGCCAGCAGAAGGCUCUGUGAGCUGUGACCACGCUCCUGCAGACCUCAUCUCUGGCUCCAGGUGUGAUUUCCAGUGCAGUGAGGGAUAUGUCCUGGAGGGCUCAUCCAGCACUGAGUGCCUGCCACAGGGACAGUGGUCACAGCCAGUGCCCAAGUGCAAAGCUGUGACCUGUCCUGCCUUGGAAGUGCCUGUCCACGGGGCUGUGAACUGCUCCCAUCCCUCUGUGCAGCUCACCUGGGGAGCCACCUGUGAGUUCAGCUGUGAGGAAGGAUUCACCCUGACAGGACCAGCUACACUGCAGUGUGGCUCUUCUGGGGCCUGGGACAGGCAGCAGCCCAGCUGUGCAGCUGUGAGGUGUGAGGCUGUCCUGGGGCCAGCAGAAGGCUCUGUGAGCUGUGACCACGCUCCUGCAGACCUCAUCUCUGGCUCCAGGUGUGAUUUCCAGUGCAGUGAGGGAUAUGUCCUGGAGGGCUCAUCCAGCACUGAGUGCCUGCCACAGGGACAGUGGUCACAGCCAGUGCCCAAGUGCAAAGUCAUACAGUGUGAACCACUGAGCUCUCCUGAUAAAGGCUCCAUGGAUUGCUCCCAUGGGGCUGGGAUCUUCACCUAUAACACUUCCUGCCACUUCAGCUGCCCUGAAGGAUGGAGUCUCAAUGGCUCUCGUGUUCUUGAGUGCAGCCAUUCAGGAAACUGGAGUGCCAGCCUGCCCACUUGUGAAGCCUCUGACCAGGCCACCUACAUCUCUGUGGGCAUAGCAGCCACUUCUGCCUCUCUGCUGUCCACAGCAUCGUUCCUCCUUUGGCUUGCGAGGCGCUUCCGGAGAAAAGCAAAGAAGUUUAUUCCUUUCAGGAACUGGCAGGAAACAGCCAGUGAGGGCAGCUUCCAAAGUGCUGGCGAGAAUGUCUAACUCAGGUUUUUCAGGAAUUGCAGCCACCUUCACUUACAUCUCAGAUUUCUGGAGAAAGAAACUGCCUGCAAAUCAGCAGCUGUCCAGAUGUUUUUACCUCUUGCUGACAAGAUGAUUGACGUUGUGUAUGAUUCAGAAAUCUUGAACUCAAGCUGUUUGGUAUUUCCAUUGAAGACAAGCAGCAAACUCUGGCCUUCUGGCCAAAUCCUGCCUGCAUUCAGCCAUGUAGUUACCCUAAGCUGGGAGCUUGCCAUCUCCUGUCCAGAUGGUGAGCAAACAGUGCUCUCCUGCCUAAAGAGGAGGCUGGUUCCUCCUCUGCUCCACUCAAAGGUACUGAGGUGAGGUGAAAACAUGCAUUAUUUCACAUCACUUACUACACUGCUGGACGUGUCUCCUCUGGAGUCACAGGGGUUAUGCUUGCAGAAACAGAAGAAUUAGGAUGAAAAAAUAUUGAUCUGGUUUGGGGAAGUCAGUUUAUUUUAAGAUGUCAAUAGAUAUGCCUGCAGUGAUAUGGGCAAUUAUUUGGGUUUCUGCUGCAUAUCCCAGAAAACUCAGAUGCCUUUUUUUAAACUAUAACAGCACUAGGAACCAUAGUGCUUACACAAGGAACUGUGGUUUCUGAACACUGCAGGUAGAUCUGAAAUUCUCUCAUCCCUGUGGGAUUGUGUACUGUAAUAUGUGUAUAUACAUAUAUAUUUAUUUGUGCUGCCUUUACUGUGCGUAUUUCUGUGCUCUUAACUGUACAUGUAUUAUAAAAUACUUGUUCUUGAGUGGGUCUGUGGCUGUUGAUCAAUUAUCAGAAUUUAUUUUAACAUAAAUUGGAGGUGUUUGUAAGGAUUGCAUGCCUGCAUAAUGUUUACGAAUGAAAUGGAAGACUGAGAUUUGUAUGUUUAUGUAUUAAAAAUAUGAUCUUUUUUUAACUGUUAGAAGUCUUCAAAUGAGAGUCUCUCUUAAUUUAUG